GCAAUCACCAAACAUCAAAUACUACCACCCUAGCUCACCAGUUUCAAUCACACACCAAAAAUAAAAACUAUACAAAUGUUAUAAAAGUCUUAUAUAUCGAUACUCUUCAAACAUUGUUCUUCCCAAAAAUAAAAACAAAAGAAAAUCACUCAAGAAAAAAACUCUUUCUUAGACAGAAGGUUGGAACCUGAUGGGAUCUCUGGAGAGAUCAAAGAAGAAAACUCAAGUAUGGAAAAAAGCUGUAAUUCAUUUCUCUAUAUGUUUUGUAAUGGGUUUCUUCACUGGCUUUGCUCCUGCUGGUAAGUCCUCACUUUUCUCUAAUUUCGAAACCAACCCCUCUACUACCUCUAAGUCUCAGAUUCCUCCCCAACCUUCUGAAAACUCUACCUAUACACCCAACUCCCUCGCUGAUAAAGCCUUAGUCAAUUCCCAAGUCCAAGCCCCUGCUCCUUCAGAGUCACGAAAAGCUGAGCCAGAAAACAGAUCGCUCUCCGAGACACAAGAUGAAGUGACACCAAGAGGUCUAGUGAUUGUUGUAACUCCAAUAAUGACCAAAGAUCGUUACAAAAACGUUCUUCUUAGAAGAAUGGCCAAUACUUUGAGGCUAGUCCCACCUCCUUUACUAUGGAUAGUCGUGGAGAAACACUCGGAAGCUGACGUAAACUCUUCAUCUACCAUGUUAAGAAAGACUGGUCUAAUGUAUAGACGUAUAGUCUUCAAGGAGAACUUCACGAGCCUAGAAGCAGAGCUUGAUCAUCAGAGAAACCUAGCGUUGAGACACAUUGAACAUCACAAACUAAGCGGGAUAGUUCAUUUCGCGGGGCUCAACAACAUCUAUGAUCUUGAAUUUUUCGAUGAGAUUAGAGAUAUCGAGGUGUUUGGUACUUGGCCAAUGGCGUUGCUAUCAGCUAAUAGGAAACGAGUGAUAGUAGAGGGGCCGGUUUGUGAAUCUUCACAAGUUUUGGGGUGGCAUUUGAGGAAAAUUAAUAAUGAGACAGAGACAAAACCUCCGGUUCAUAUAUCAAGCUUUGCUUUCAAUAGUUCCAUACUUUGGGACCCUGAGAGAUGGGGGCGUCCUUCUUCUGUGGAAGGGACCAAACAGGAUUCGAUUAAAUAUGUGAAGCAAGUGGUUUUGGAGGAUGAUACAAAGUUGAAGGGACUUCCGGCGCAAGAUUGUUCCAAGGUUAUGCUUUGGCGUCUCAAUUUUCCCACAAGAACACGUUUUAGCACCUGAUUUGCUUUUUUAUAUUCUUAUAUCCUCCAAAUUAGUCCUUAUUUCCUUUUUUCAAAUUAAAGUAGAUAAUAAAAAAAAUACUGUUCGGAUUUUGAAUGUGAAUGAGUCGGAACAUGAUCGGUGAUAAACAUGCAUGCAUGGAUACUAUUGGUAUUUUAUCACGGAAUACAUGAAAAACAACCGCAAUGCGUAUCUUAAUUACCUC